AUGCCUCGUGCUUCAACUUCCUCCAAGCGACAGCAAGGCGCCGCCAACCAACGCGAUACCAGGCACGAAAAUGGCCUUGUAGGCCCCGCGAAGCGACUCUCCAACAAAAAGAGCCAGCCCUCUCUCGACGCCUCGGCCGCCCGCAACUCCCCCGACCAGAAUGCCGCUGCCUCGGCCCUUCCCUCGUCUCUCUCCAUCGGCAACGGUAACGCCCCCUCGUCCUCUUCCAACGGCAACCGCCAGAAGACCCCGACUCGCGCCGCCGCCGCCGCCGCUCCUGCUCCUGCUCCCGCCCGCGACUACGACGACGACGACGACGACGACGACGACACCAUGGCCCCCGUCCACCGGAACCCCGACGCCAACGCCAACGCUGCUGCCAGGCGGCCUUCGCUAGGCGGCUGCUCCGAGACGUCGUCCUCUGACUCGCUCUCUUCGAACCUGCCCAACGCUGCCCUCGACGCGAGCCACCGCCAGAUCGAUGUCAACGCCACCAAGAACGCCGACGUCCAUCGCGACCCCGGCGGCCCUGUCGAGUUCGCCGCCACCGUCCUGAGAGCAUUGCCCCUCUACGACACUCUCGCCAUUCUCAUCCUGCUCAUGCAGGUGCCUCCUGUCGCCCUCUCCGGCAUCUACAUGGUCUUUACCUUUCUCACCUUCGUGCCCCCCGUCACCACCAGCUCCGGGAUGAACAUUAACCUGGCCGAGAUCUUUGACUACAACUCCACCAUGCCCUCCCUCGUCACCGUCCUCUGCAUGGACGUCUUUAUCCUGCUGGUCUGGCUGUUCCUGUGGCCCACCAUGCAGCUUGCCAUCCUCGACUUUGCAAAGCCCGUCAUCGCUGCCACCCUCGGCGGCGGAUCCAAUACGAGAGAGGGCGCCUCGAGAAGUGUCACUACCUGCUUCUUCCUCGUCAUAGGCUCGCAUCUGCUACGUGGCUCUAGGUUCCACUGGUCCCGCGCCGCCAAGUUCCUCCCUCCUAACUGGCGAUUCUCCCCCGACUCGGACGACCCCUUAGAAUCCCUGAGCCGCGGCUUCGACAAGAGAGGCCCGCAUGGCUGGAUCAAGAGCGUGCUUGCCAUACAUAUCCUGACCCAGGGCAUAGUACGGUACAUCAGGGAGUGGUAUUUGAGGAGAGAGAAAGGGAGCUCGUCGGCGCACAGCAUAACGGACCCGGAAGCAGGCAAGCCCUACGCCAACGAUGCGGCAGCCGACACGGGGUUUGCCACGCCCGACAGCGACACGACCUUUCAACAAAACGCAACAGUAUCAUCUACAAAAAAGAAAAGAAAACAGAGCACGCAGGUGCGCCUGCAGCAGCCGCUGUGGGCCGCCCUGGCGAGCACCAAGAUCGUCAUGGUGAAGGAGUACGAGUUAUCCCACGCCACAUCCGAGUCGGCCGGCUCCAACGCCACCGAUAUCCAUAACCUGGGGAAUGCCCCCUUCGACAGCCAGGCCGAGCAGAUCUGGAUUUCCUACAUCGGCCACGACGAGGUCUGCUUCAACACCAGUCACUUCCCCGACUGCCCGAGCGCUGCUUCUCCUACCGCCGCCGCCGCCGCCGCCAACGGACACGUCCCGCGGCCGGCGGGAGUCGACACAUCGAAGCCGUUUUACGUCCGAGUGAACAACGCAUUCUGGCAGCCGACGCGCAUCUUCCGCAUCCAAGACGAAGAGCAAGAUGAGCAGCCCGGCCAGCACCGGUGGUGCGGCGACAUUUACGGGCUGCGGCCGUUGUCCAAGUACGUGUGCGAGUUUGUCGACACGCGCACGAACCGAGUCAUCUUUUCCACAAGCAUCCGCACCUCGUUCGCGGCCAACAGGGACCAGGAGGGCUCCAUCAAUCCGCCCGUCAGCACGCCGCAGUCGCUCCGCCCGGACUCGCCGGCGACGACGCUCAAGAGCACCAUCAACGCCAACAACGAGCGCCUGGCCGAGGAGAAAUCGAGGCUCAAGACGCUGCGCAAGGAGUGGAAGAACAAGAUCAGCUCGCUCAAGAAGGAGAACGAACGGCUCGACAACGCGAUCCAGUCGGCCGGCGGUAACGACGACAAGCACAGGCAGAAGAUCAUCCAGCAGGAGAACACCAAGGCCCAGUCAGAAAAGGAGAUUGCCCAGCUCGAAGCGGAUCUCAAGGCGUUUGAAACAGCACCGGAAGGAUUCUACGAGCGCAAGAAACAGACGGAGAAAGAGUGGACUGCCGAGAAGGCCGUCUUCGAUGCGGCGUCCAAGGAGUUCAAGGAACACAAGGCCGCCAUCGCCAAAGCCGUCAAGGCCAAGGAGGACGAGCAGGCAAGCAUGCAGACCAAGCGCAACAAGAUUGCGGCACGCAUCGCCAAGGUGGACAACGAGCUCGGCCGCAUCACGGACGCCAACAACCGCGGCCUCGACGAAGCCGAACGACGGCGCCAGGCGCGCGCCGCGUGGCAAGCCGAGACGUCUACGAUUGAGAACAACUUCCGCGGCAGCAUCGCCGACAUCAAGACGGCCAACGCUCUGAAGCAAGAGCAGGUCAACGCCCUGCUGCAGCAGCUCCAGGCUUACCACGAGCACAUGAACUACGCCACGGCCGCGUCGAUGCCCUUUGAGGUUCCCGAACACCACUCGGCGGCGCCCCAGGGGGCGGCUACGGCGACAUCAAUGUCCAUGUCGAUGGCGACGUACAACCCGGCCGCGCCCGCCUGGACGCCGACUUCGGCCACCGCGGCCUCGCAGUACAUGAUGUCUGGGGCGUCCAUGUGGCCCACGUCGAUGAUGACAGGGUCCGGGUCGGCUCUGCCGCUGCCGACGAACUCGACGCAGUCGGUCUGGGGAUACCCUCCGCCGCACCACAGCAUGGUGUCACUCAAGGCUAGAGGCCGGUCGUCAUCGAUGCUCAGCGACGUAUCGGGAUUCACGCAGUCCAGCAAUGGCGACGACGAGUUCCUGUCACUGCACAACACACCCGCGCAGCAGCCGAUGGCCCAGCGCACGCCGGUGACGUUUGCCUUUACGCGGCGUCAGCGCAGCGACGGCGCCGGGUCCGGCGGCAGCAGCGUGCACAGCGGCAGCGGCAGCGGCAACGGCAGCAUGCGGGAUCCGCAGAGCCCGGCUUGA